UUCCCUGGUUGCUUACCGGAAUCCUCUGCGGGGUCAUGAAGCGGGAUCCGCAGCAUCCGCAUCCUUCCAGCGGAGGGAAGCAAUCCCCUGGACGGCAGAAAGAGGGGCAGGGGCAGCAGCAGCAGGAGGAGGCGGAAUCCCCCCUUGCAGAAGAUGGGCCGCCGAAAUCCCCGCUCUGGGUCUUCGGCUACGGCUCGCUGGUGUGGAGACCCGAUUUCGAGUUCACCUCCCGCAAAGUGGGCUAUAUCCGCGGCUACACCCGCCGCUUCUGGCAAGGAGACACCUUCCACCGGGGCUGCGAAAAGAUGCCUGGAAGAGUGGUCACCCUCCAAGAAGAUUAUGAUGGGUGCACAUGGGGCGUUGCCUAUGAACUCCACGGAGAUCAAAUUGCUGCCUCUCUCAAGUACUUGAACAUGCGGGAAGCAGUACUUGGAGGCUAUGACACUAAGCUGGUGAAGUUCCACCCCCAGGAAAAAGAGACUGAUGAACCUAUCCUGGCCCUGGUCUACAUUGCAACCCCUCAGAACCCCUCCUACCUUGGUCCAGCAUCUGAAGAGGACAUCGCCGCUCAAAUAAUAGUCUCCAGCGGUCGUGCAGGCCACAACAUCGAGUACCUGCUACAGCUAGCGGACUUCAUGCGCUUCUGCUGCCCUCAGGUCGAGGAUGACCACUUGUUCUCCAUCGAGGAGGCUCUGAUCUCUGUCCUGCCCUGCCUGUACCAUGCUGAGGAGUCCUUUGUGGGAGAAUGAAUGUGGCUCGGCCAGCCAGAGGGGCUGGAAGAUUACUUUUUAACCAAGGACAGGCGUGAACUCAACGAACACAAAAUGUUUUAAUGCAGCGGAAGUCGGAUUAAUAAAGCCAGUGUGUGGCAUCGUUUGGGAGGGGGUGGUAGAGCAGCAGUUGCAUACCAACCACUUAGACAGCAUCUGACUGGCAACAGAACUGAGUGCAGACGGGAGAGAGCUGCUGUUGUCACUCUACCAGCUGUGUUGGGGAUGCAAAGCUGGCUGGACAAAUUCUGAGCCUAUGCAUGCUUACCUGGGAGCAAGUCCCAUUGAAUUUGAUGGGACUUACUUUGGAGGCAUCAUGCAUAGGGUUGUGCUGCUAAUUAUGGUUUUAAGAAGUCCAAGCUAAGCACUGUUCUUCAUACUUUUUAACGGGAGAGGAGGAUGAAGGUAUGGUGUGCUUUCAUUCGAGUACUUCUGAAGCCCCUCAUCCCACUCCCAAAAGCAGGGCUGUGGCUGUAAUGGUGAAACAUGUUGAGCUUUAGUCUACCUCACCCAUUGGCAAAGCUGCAGGUGUAGCAUUGAGUGCCUGCCUCUUUCUCCUGCCUCCAUUACACUGACUUGACCUUCACUCCUAUGCCGGGGUUUCCAGUGCAAUAUGAACUUCGCUUGCCUUCUUCAGGCUCUCAUGGGGCCAAUUUCCUUAGACAUGUCUGAAGUGAACAGUUAAUGCACUACUUUUUUAUAACUUGAAUCUGUAUUUAUUGUAAUGAACAUACAUGUGCAUAUAUAUAUAUAUAUAUAUAUUUCGUGAUGAGAACGUGUCCAUGUUUGCUCAUGUCCUAGCAGAUGUGCUGAGGAGCAGGAGGUGUUGCAAGUUUUUGGGGUGGGCCUUCUGGUUUUAGAAUGGCUUUUCUGUCUUCUAGUGGGGAGCUUCCAGUCAGAGUGGCUGCUCCAGGUCUGCUCACUUGAGGUAGCUCUCUGCUAACAAUAUCAUUAUAUACAUCUACUGUACAAUACAGCUGUUCUCCUUCUGCACCAUCUCUGCCUCCUUUCUGCUUAUGUGACUGCAAGGUAUAAACACCAAGCUCUGUCUAUCACAACACAGUCCAACUGUGCCAAUACAUUAGUUAAUGAAACCUUCCUUUGCCCAAUGGUUCGGUUUCCUAAAAGCACAAUAAACCAAGGGAGGCACUGAGUUUGACACGGAAGAAAGACCUGUGCUGAUUAUUGUCAACAAAGAGCAGGGGUGGGUGCCUUAAGGUCCUCAGCUUUCAUCAGCCCUACCCAGCAUAGCCAAGGGUGAGGGAUGAAGGAAGUUAUAUUCCAGCAACAGCUGGAGGGCCACAAAUUUCCCACUCACUGACCUAAGGAGGUCUUUGAAGAAGCCAACCUGGAAAGGACAGCUUUAGUUCCCUGUGUCUAGAAUAGCUAUUAUAAGAAGCUGCUGCUAUUGCAAGGUUUUUGUUAAUAAACCUUGAAGCAAAAUGGGGAAAAACUAAUAGCAUCUUAGUGCUAUUUCUGUCUGUA